AUGACGUCGAUGGCGACGACGACGUUUAGAAGGCUUGCUAGACCAUCGGUGCUAUCAAGUUGGUGCAGACCAACUUGCGCAGCACAAUGGUCGCGUUCUCUGAUCACGACCAGACCAGGCGCGAAACACCCUGACUUUGCCUUUGCAUUUGACAUUGAUGGUGUCCUCCUUCGUUCUUCGGACCCUCUGCCUCGAGCCCACAAAGCCCUGUCGCUACUACAGACCGAACGCAUUCCCUUCAUCCUGCUCACCAAUGGCGGCGGCAAGCACGAAUCGGAAAGAGUGGACGAGCUUCGCCAGAAGCUGGAUAUCGAUCUAGACACUUCAAUGUUCGUACAGAGCCAUACCCCUUUCGCCGACAUGAAAGAGCUCCACGACAAGACCGUGCUAGUAGUAGGCGGUGACUACGACAAAUGCCAGCUCGUUGCCCAGAAGUACGGCUUCAAGAACGUCGUUACCCCUGGCGAUAUCGUUACCGCAUACCCUGAUAUCUGGCCCUUCACCAAGAUCUUCGCAGACUACUACCAGAAGUUUGCCAAACCACUACCCGCUUCCAUUGACGCCGAGAACCCGGACAAAUCUCUCAAGAUUGAUGCUGUUUUUGUAUACAAUGAUCCUCGCGAUUGGGGCUUGGACACAACCAUCAUAACCGAUUUGCUUCUGUCAAGAGAGGGAAUCAUGGGUACGCUAUCAAGCAAGAACGGAGACAAGUCACUUCCAAACAAUGGUUACCAACAAGAUGGCCAGCCUAAGCUCUACUUCUCAAACCCAGACCUGUGGUGGGCUGCGAAAUACCACCUACCACGAUUGGGUCAGGGUGGCUUUAGAGAGGGCCUGGAAGGCGUGUGGGCAGCCAUCACUGGAGGCCAGAAUGCUGGCGUACAACUGCAGAAGAAGGUUAUCGGCAAGCCUUACUUUGAGACAUACGAGUUUGCCGAGAAGAGGUUGAGAGCACAUAGAAACGACCUGUACACUGGCGAGUCAAUAGAGCCCCUGCGCAAGGUCUACAUGGUCGGCGACAAUCCUGAAUCCGAUAUUGCAGGCGGUAACUCGUAUAAGAGUGCUUUUGGUAGCAAGUGGUCAAGUAUCUUGCUGCGUACCGGCGUGUAUGCAGGAGGCGAACCCGCUCACAAGCCCACUGUCAUUGUCGACGAUGUGUAUGAUGCGGUGCAGUGGGCCAUCGAGGACGCUAAGAACUAG